AUGCAGUUCGCCAAACAGAUUUCUCACCCGAUCCAUCCACAGCACAAGCUAAAGCUUGAAUACACGGAGACCCCAUUCAACUGUAACGGGUGCAAAGAAGCUGGCAUCGGCUUCCAAUACAAAUGCUUGCAAUGCGAGUUUCACCUGCACAAGUCAUGCGCAUUGGCACCUUCCACCAUGUAUCAUUCUUUUUACAAGAAAUGCGAGUUCCAAUUUCACCAUGCUCCCCCCGGUCCAGCUCUGAGAAGAUGUGACGCAUGUGGGAAAAAUGUUCUGGGUUUUGUGUAUAACUGCAAGAGUUGUGGUUUCGAUCUGCAUCCUUGUUGUGCUAAUCUGCCACAGGUACUCGACGAUGGGGAGCAGAACCUUUACCUGUGUUUCAAGCUCUCCAGCCCAUGUCAUCACUGUGGGGGAAAGGGAUCCGGUUGGGCGUACAGAUCUCAGUGCAAGACGUAUAAUCUUCACGUCUCGUGUGUGAAGGAGUUGCUUGUGGAAAGCUGGCAGGCAAUCUAUCUUAAUGUCGACAAAAACAAGGCCAGGGAGAUGCAGACUAGGAUUCCCAACCUUAAGGGAACACCGGGAAACAAUCAUGGGCAAAGAGGAAAAGGCAAUAUAAGAAAGUGUUGUCAGAUUGCUGGAGGAGCUGUUAGCGCUAUAGUCUCAGCCAUCCUGGGUGAUCCUACACCUAUAAUAGCUGCAGUGGUCGGGGGUUUCAUAUCCAAGUGA